UUAAAGAACCCUAAAAGGCUAUAAACCAUGGCCCAAAAGCUAGCCCUCUUUGUUGCCUUUGCCAUUUUUCAAGCUAUUGUUUUUGCUGAGGAUUAUAUUGUUGGAGAUGAGAUGGGGUGGAGCACAGGUGUUAGCUAUGAGGAUUGGGCUGAAGGCAAAAUGUUUUUGGUUGGAGAUACCAUAACAUUCAACUAUCCCCAAGGACAGCACAAUGUUGUGAAGGUUGAUGGGAGUGGCUUCAAAAAAUGCCAGGAGGAGCCAAACAAUGGGACUUUGACCUCAGGAGCUGACAAAAUUACCUUGGCUACCCCCGGAAACAAAUGGUACAUUUGCUCAGUAGGGUAUCAUUGUGAAAGUGGCCAAAAACUUAAAAUCACUGUGUAUGAAUCAAUGGCCCCAAGCCCAGCACUAGAGCCAAUGCCAUGGCCAAUGCCAGAGCCAGCACCAGCUCCAGCUCCUUGGUACUAAAACAACAUACCACGGACCAUGGUUAGGUCCAUGGUGAGGAGAAUGAGAGUGUUGAGUGAGAAGAGCAUUUGAAUUGGUUAUUGUUGUUGUGGAUAAUAAAAUGGUCUAGUGAGAGGAUAAUUUUGAAUUAUUGUUAUUGUUGCCUAGUUUAAAGGCUUUAGUG